UACAUACAUAUCUUUGAGAACCCGAGUUGGAAGAAAGAAGAAGCUCUCGUCGGAUUAAACCAACGAGCAGGUGCGAAAGAUCUGUUCGAUUCUGAAAUCACAUUUAAAUAACCCAUUUACUGCAAUCUUUUACAACAGUUCUUGAGGAGAAAAAAGUUUGAAGAGAAAGAUUCAUGGGUUCUUCUUCAGUAAUAACUCCAGAAGACGUGCUGGAGUCGUUGAUGAAUGAUGGUACUAUCGAUUCUCUCAGGUUGAAGAUCAUUAACCAGCUCAAAGCUAAUGAGGAGCUUAAGAAUACGACCAUUAAAAUGGUAGAACAAAGCAAAGUCCUCAAUACUCCUGGGGCAGAGAAACAGACCAAAAGGGAGUUAUUCGAUGCCCUUCGACAGGAACUCGAAGCACCAGUGCUUGAGAAAGCCUCUAAAUCUGUUUGGGAAUUAAUUUUGGACAACAAUGGGUUGGGCAAAGAAAUAAACGACACGGUUGAAAAAGUAUUUUGUCGAUUGAGCGGCAAGGAACCUCCAUUGUUCCCUCCUCAAAAUGGGGAUAUGCCAUCAGUAAAAGAAACUGAGAAUGAGAAAGGCAAGGGAAAAGAACCUGAAGAUAAUUAUCACAAGGAGAAAUCACACCCUAUUAGGAAAAGGAGUUUCAAUGACAUGAAUGGCAAAGAGGAAAACAUUGUUGCUGAUGGAGCUGGAGAAAGUCUAGCUGUACCUGAAGAACAUAGUAGGUCACCUUAAUUGAGUUUGAAGACAAACAUGUCAUGAACCGUCCUCUAUGAUGAUGGAUCUCACAGGUGUAGAAUGCGAUGAUCUCUUUCAACUUAAUCUGAUGCGCUCAUGGCCUGUGUCGAACAUUAACAAAAUUUGACACUAUGCACGCCACACACGGAAUUGAUUGGAGUUCAAAAUUUUGUUUGUGUGGAUGUAGAUGAACACUUCUAUGAUCUUUAAUGUUCCCAUUAACUUAAUGGUUGGGAAAUAGGGUGGUUAGUCAUCAAAGACUAGCUCUUGUAAUUCUAAUCUAUCUACCUAUGUCAAUGCCGAGAAAAGCCAUAUGAAUACUGAUUGGCCUUCCUGUGCAGUACUUAGAAGACUAUAUACAUGAAGUUCCAAGAAUAUUCUUCGUUCCUUUUUGGAAUGUUGUGUGCUA